AUGCUCGCUGUGCUCAAUUGCCGGACACUGGCAUUCCGAAGGCUUGUCAGCACGAGCCGUCUAGCUGCCACAAAGGAAAAAUUGCCGACGGAGACGACGAAGUUCUCACAAAUUGAAAAAAAGAAGGACAAUGAGAUGCUGGAAACAAUCGAUAUUGAGGAUCUACCACGACCACAGAAACGGUUCGCCAAGCAGUUUGAGAAGGUGAAUCAAGAGCGAGUCAAGGAGAUUUUCGCGAAAAAUUACAAGAAUCACAUCUCAUUUGCCGUACUUUUGGGUGUUGUUAUCGGAAUCUACUGGUAUACAAUGUAUUCUGUGAAACAGGAGACAUUCCUCGAAGAAAUCGACGAAGAAAUGGCCGCUACGAAUCCAAAAACUCAUGGACAUCUUGCCAAGAAAUAGAUCGAUUUUUCGGAUUUUUCCUUAUUUUUUUGUUAAUUUUUCCUCUUUUUAAUUUAAAAUUAUAGCUUUUUAAUAGCCUAGUUAGUCUUUUUUUUUCUCUCGUUAUUCGUUGUUUCUACCGUGAUUAUUAUCUCGUUUUUUGAUUUUUGCUUCGAGAAAAAAUAAUAAAACACCCAAUUUCAG